AUGGGUGGGGGGGGACAUAGGUCGCGUUUGCAUCUGCCCCUGGCUGCUGCCACCACUGCAGGGGUGAGGUGGCAAUGGGCGAUUCUUAGUCCCCUUGGCCUGACAGCAUUGUCCUCUUCAAGCUCUUCUCUGGGGAGAGCUUCUCUCCUCUUUGCUGCCACUUUCCUGGGGGGUUGGAAAAGGGCGCCGCUGGAGCUAGGCCCCACGGCUUCUGAGAGGGGGCCACGUGAGCAGUGGGGCACUCCUUCUCCUCCCCUCCCCCAGCACUGUCUCUACACUGUUUAUUUUAAAGGGGCCUCUGUCCCCCCACUCCUCCCCUUCUUCCCCUUCAUCCUUCCUUCUCCCUAUGGACAUCCCCAGCUUUCUUCCCUGGGGUGAAGGGAUUUGGACUUUUUUUCUCCCCAGCGAGGGUUGCCAUAGCUUUUUUAUGUAGGGUGACCAGAACCGGCUGAAACUGGUUUGAGGCAGAUCAGCUCCUGAACACAAUGCAGUCACUGAGCUACUACAGUGGGAUAGCAGCUUCCUCCCUUCAUGGCAGCCAAAAGCAGAGGAGCUUGCAGGAAGGCCUAUUGACUGGGGCUGCUUUUAACCCUUUCAUAUUUGCAGAGGUAAUGCAUCUGUGUGACAGUAACUGAGCAUUGAUCAGUCUUUCCAAAAGGUCAAGGUUCACAAGAGCCUCUUCUAAACAAAUUCAUGACCAUGGGGGAUAUGAAGACCCCAGACUUUGAUGAUCUUCUUGCAGCUUUUGACAUCCCAGAUAUGGUCGAUCCUAAAGCAGCUAUUGAGUCCGGCCAUGAUGACCAUGAAAGUCACAUAAAACAGAAUGCUCAUGUUGAUGAGGAUUCACAUGCGCCAUCAUCCUCCGAUGUUGGUGUCAGUGUUAUUGUUAAAAAUGUCCGGAACAUUGAUUCUUCUGAAGGAGUUGAUAAAGAUGGCCACCAUUCUACAGGCAAUGGUUUACAUAAUGGGUUCCUGGCAGCAUCCACACUAGAAAGCUAUAAUAAAGAUGGAACAAAGUCUCUGAAAGAUGAUGGACCAGCCCCUGAGGUAAAACUUAAAGAGACAACUUUCAAUCAAUUUAGUCCUAUCUCAAGUGCAGAAGAGUUUGAUGAAGAUGAGAAAAUAGAGGUGGAUGACCCACCUGAUAAGGAGGAAAUUCGUUCUAACUUCAGAGCAAAUGUGUUGACAGGAUCAAUUUCCCAACAGGACUAUGAAAAACUAAAAGCACUUGGAGGGGAAACUUUAAUCAAGCCGGGAAUUCCUGCUGCUACCACCUUAGACAAAAACAAAGUUAUUAAAAGAGAAACAGAAACAAAUUCCAUAACCCUGGGCGUGUAUGAGCCCUUCAAAGUUAGAAAAGUAGAAGAUAAAUUGAAAGAAAACUCUGAAAAGAUGCUUGACAGCAGGGUACUUGAUGGAAAGCUCAGCUCUGAGAAGAGUGAAGCCAGUCUUGCCAGUGCUGCUCAGUCAAAGGCAAAAUCAUCAGCCAAGUUAUCUUCAUGCAUUGCUGCGAUUGCGGCUCUCAGUGCUAAAAAAGCUGCCACAGACACCUGUAAGGAGCCAGUGGCUAAUUCAAGAGAGCCUUCUCCAUUACCAAAAGAAAUGAAUGAUAGUCCUCGUGCUGCUGAAAAGUCCCCUGAGUCUCAGAGUCUUAUUGAUGGUGCGAAAAAGACAUCUGUAAAGCCACCUGAUAGCCCCAGGAGCGUCUCCAGUGAAAACAGCAGUAAGGGAUCUCCAUCUUCUCCUGCAGGGUCAACACCAGCAAUCCCUAAAGUCCGCAUAAAAACCAUCAAGACAUCUUCUGGAGAAAUCAAAAGAACAGUAACGAGGGUUUUGCCUGAAGUUGACCCAGACUCUGGAAAAAAGCCUUCAGAGCAGACUCCUUCCAUGGUGGCUUCAGUGACAUCACUUUUAUCCUCACCCACUUCUGCUACCGUCCUGGCUUCUCCCCCACGAGCACCCCUGCAGUCCGCUGUGGUUACAAAUACAGUUUCCUCUGCAGAACUGGCUCCCAAACAGGUCACUAUCAAGCCUGUGGCUACUGCCUUCCUUCCUGUUUCAGCAGUGAAGACGGCAGGGUCCCAAGUGAUUAAUUUGAAGCUUGCUAACAAUACUACAGUGAAAGCCACCGUCAUCUCUGCUGCUUCUGUCCAGAGUGCCAGCAGUGCCAUCAUAAAAGCUGCCAAUGCUAUUCAGCAGCAAACGGUGGUGGUGCCCGCAUCGAGCCUUGCUAAUGCUAAACUUGUGCCAAAGACUGUGCACCUUGCCAACCUUAAUCUUCUGCCUCAAGGUGCCCAAGCCACCUCUGAACUCCGCCAAGUGCUCACUAAACCUCAGCAGCAAAUAAAGCAGGCAAUAAUUUCUGCAGCAGCCUCGCAGCCACCAAAAAAGGUGUCCAGAGUCCAGGUGGUAUCUUCUCUGCAAAGUUCUGUCGUAGAAGCUUUCAACAAGGUGCUGAGUAGCGUCAACCCAGUCCCCGUUUACAUCCCGAACCUUAGUCCUCCAGCGAAUGCAGGGAUCACGUUACCAACCCGGGGUUACAAGUGUUUGGAAUGUGGUGACUCGUUUGCUCUGGAAAAGAGUCUGACUCAGCAUUAUGAUAGGCGGAGUGUACGCAUUGAAGUAACAUGUAACCAUUGUACAAAGAACUUAGUUUUUUACAACAAAUGCAGUCUGCUUUCCCAUGCUCGUGGACAUAAGGAAAAAGGAGUUGUGAUGCAGUGCUCCCAUUUAAUUUUAAAACCAGUCCCAGCAGAUCAAAUGAUAGCUUCUCCUUCGAGCAAUACUUCCACAACAUCUACUCUGCAGAAUUCUGCAGGAGGUGGCACACAUAAUGUAACAAAAAUUCAGUCUGGCAUAACUGGGACAGUCAUCUCAGCUCCCUCAAGUACACCUAUAAUUCCGGCUAUGCCUCUAGAUGAAGACCCAUCCAAACUCUGUAGACAUAGUCUGAAAUGUUUGGAGUGUAAUGAAGUUUUCCAAGAUGAGACGUCGCUGGCUACACAUUUCCAGCAGGCUGCAGACACAAGUGGACAAAAGACAUGCAAUAUCUGCCAGAUGCUGCUUCCUAACCAGUGCAGUUUUGCAUCACACCAGAGAAUCCAUCAGCACAAAUCUCCAUAUACGUGCCCUGAGUGUGGGGCAAUCUGCAGAUCGGUCCACUUCCAGACCCAUGUCACCAAGAACUGUCUGCACUAUACUCGGAGAGUUGGUUUUCGAUGUGUACAUUGCAAUGUUGUAUACUCUGAUGUGGCAGCCCUGAAGUCUCAUAUUCAAGGUUCUCAUUGUGAGGUUUUCUACAAGUGUCCUAUCUGUCCAAUGGCAUUUAAAUCUGCUCCAAGUACCCAUUCACAUGCCUACACACAACAUCCUGGCAUUAAGAUAGGAGAACCAAAAAUAAUAUAUAAGUGUUCCAUGUGUGACACUGUGUUUACUCUGCAAACCUUGCUGUAUCGCCACUUUGACCAACACAUUGAAAACCAGAAGGUGUCUGUUUUCAAGUGUCCAGACUGUUCUCUUUUAUAUGCACAGAAGCAGCUUAUGAUGGACCAUAUCAAGUCUAUGCAUGGAACACUGAAAAGUAUUGAAGGGCCUCCAAACUUGGGAAUAAACUUGCCCUUUAGCGUUAAGCCUACAACUCAAAAUUCAACCAGCCAUAACAAAGAAGACCCGAAAUCCAUCAAUGGGAAAGAGAAGCUUGAAAAGAAAUUGCCAUCUCCUGUGAAAAAAGUAGCCGAAUCCAAGAAAGUAGCCAAUCCUGGAUGGACCUGCUGGGAAUGUGACCGCCUGUUCACUCAGAGAGAUGUUUACAUAACCCACAUGAGGAAAGAACAUGGGAAACAAAUGAAGAAGCAUCCUUGCCGCCAGUGUGACAAAUCAUUCAGCUCAUCGCACAGCCUCUGUCGCCAUAAUCGAAUCAAACACAAAGGCAUUAGGAAAGUUUACACCUGCUCGCACUGCCCAGAAUCAAGGCGCACAUUUACAAAACGGUUAAUGCUAGAGAAACACAUUCAGCUGAUGCAUGGGAUUAAGGACCCUGAUUUAAAAGAAAUGACAGAAUCUACCAGUGUGGAGGAAACAGAAAUAAAAGAAGAGACCAAGGCCCCCAGUCCAAAGCGGAAAUUAGAAGAACCCGUUUUAGAAUUCAGACCCCCACGAGGAGCAAUUACUCAGCCAUUGAAGAAACUAAAGAUAAAUGUUUUUAAAGUUCACAAGUGUGCUGUGUGUGGCUUUACAACAGAAAAUCUUCUGCAGUUUCACGAACACAUCCCUCAGCAUAAGUCUGACGGCUCUUCUUACCAAUGUCGAGAAUGUGGCCUUUGCUACACCUCCCAUGUGUCUCUCUCCCGGCAUCUCUUCAUAGUCCAUAAAUUAAAGGAACCUCAACCUGUGUCUAAGCAGAAUGGUUCUGGGGAAGAUAAUCAACAGGAAAACAAACCCAGUCAUGAAGACGAAUCAUCUGAUAGCCUGAUGUCAGACAGAAAAUGCAAAGUGUGUGCAAAGACAUUUGAAACUGAAGCUGCCUUAAAUACUCACAUGAGAACACAUGGCAUGGCCUUCAUUAAGUCUAAAAGAAUGAGUUCAGCUGAAAAAUGAGUAUUCCAAAAGGAAAAUCUCUCUCCACAUUGGAAUGGAAAAAACUUUUUUUUGUUACAGAAAGUUUGCAGUAUAAUAGAGUUGACAGUACUGUUUAGGCUGUUGCAAUAUAUUCUCCUUAAAUGUAUCCUCUUCACCUCAUCGUAUAUACCCUCAAUAAGUAUUAAAACAGUAUUUGAGUUUAAAAAGAGUUUGUAUAUAUUUAAACUAAUAACUUUUAUACUCUUUGUUACGUGUUUGUAUCAGUAUUUAGUGGGUAAUGUUUUAAGGUUUUUUUUGUUUAGUAUUUUUCUUUUUUGUACUAAGUUUCUUUAAAACAGAGUUCUUAGCACUGGGGGCAGUUCCUUGGAUUCAGAUAAACUGUUUUGUACGCCAUGAGUUUGAAUGGUUUAGCUAAUUAAAUUACAGGCUAACAUAAUGCCUUUUUUAGUAUUUUUUAUUUUUUAGAAUUCACUACAUAAAUUGUAGUUGGUUUUAGGUGUCAAGAACACUAGGCUCUUCAAGUGUCUUAGCACUAGUUCUCAGUGUAUCUACUUUGAAAGAAGUAUGUGCGCGCCUCGAAACUCAUCAUUGCAUAUCUGUGCAUCUCUAGGUAUUUUUUAGGGCCACAAGAGAAAGUUUUUAAAGCAGUCUUGCAAAUAACCCACUGGUGGAUAACAACUUAGACCAGGCAAGUAGAAGGGAAUGGUUUUCCUUAAUGUUGUCUGUGAAGAGAAAGGGAAGGAGUCCAUUGUAAAAUUAGAUCAGAAAGAGUUGUGGGCUGGCAAUUUUUUUUCAUAUAUAUUUGCAAGACUGUUUUAAGAUCACAGGGAUGUAAGCUUGAUGAAAGGGCUGGACUGCUGUAGAAGAAACAAAUAUGUAACUAGAUCAAUAGAUUUUUAUACAGUCUGGUUUUUGUCUUGUAAUUUAUUAAACAUAGAGACAAAUAAAAAACCAAGUAUUUCUUUGGCUUUUAAAGGAAGAAAAUAGUUCAUUUAACCCUGUGCUGUCUCAAGAAUUGACUUUUCCUAUUCUGGGUGCUAAUGCCAAAUGUUCUGGUACUUAGAGUUAGGAUGCGCAACUGAAGCUGCUAUCCAUCGAUGUGUUAAUACAGCAGCCUAUAGAAUCACAAUUGGCCAUUUCAGAUUGAGCACACAGCUGCCAGGUUUUCGUUCUGUCAUUUCAAUAAGUAUAUCUAACAUUGGUAGUUAUGCUUUAAUGAAGCACAGCAAAGGUACCGUUCUGUCCCUUCCAUAUAUAGUUCUCUGUGAGAGUUAUAUUUUUUGUGUUUUUUUGUUUUGUAUUUUAUAUCUUGUAUUUAUCCCUAAACAAGUUUUGUACUUUUUUUUAAAAAAAAACUUUUGUGUAUAUAUAGAUACUUGCAUGAUAUACUGUAGUUAUCGUUCCGUUCCUUAAAGGGUCUUGCUGCUGUCAGAUGUUAUACACUACGUUCAUUAUAACCGUAUUAAACACAUUUCAUAUGUAAAUAAAUGUGGCACAUUUUGCCCUUGUG